AUGUCCUCCAACGUUUCCUCCGCUGGCAUUACUACUGACGCCACGACCGGCGAGCGCUUUAUCCCUUCUUCAACCCGUGCGGACGGCUCCAAGCGUCGUGAAAUUCGCGUCCGACCGGGCUACAAACCCCCAGAGGAUGUCGAGCUCUAUAGGAACCGCGCAGCCGCGGCAUGGAAAAACCGUGGGAAAGGUGGGGUGCCGGGUGCGGACACCAUGAGCAGCGAAGACGACAAGGCUGCCCAGGCCGCGAGCACGGCCGCCAGCAACAAGAACGCCAAGCGCAGAGAGGCCAGACGCAAGGCGAAGGAGGCCGAGGGUUCUGAGCCUACCACCGAGAAGAAGGGUGCUGACUCUGAUAACUGGCGCGUGGCAGCCCCAAAGAAAGAGGAGACGCCUGUUCAAGAUCUCGUCGAUAUUGAAGCUGAGAAGGAGAAGAAGGCUCGCAACCUCAAGAAGAAGCUGCGACAGGCACGAGACCUGCGCGACAAGAAGAAUGAAGGCGAACUGCUUCUUCCCGAGCAGCUCGAAAAACUUAUCAAGAUUCCCGAGCUGAUCCGUCAAUUGGACGUGCUCGGGUUCGACUCCAACGGCGACAAGAAGGAGAACGUCAACCCAGAGAAGGCUUGA